UAUCUGAGAAUAGUAAUUUUGACAGUUGCAGUUUCAACACAUCUGAAAGGCAACAAGGCAAGUUCAUCUGGAUUUUGCUGUCUAAAAGUAUUAUUGUAUGGCUUGUACCACAUAUUACUCAGACAGGUUUGCUAGAGUUUAUGAGCUGGUGUUUUGGAGUCAGCUGAGCCUUAGCUGACCAAUGACAAUUUGUGAAUGGUACCCUUUGAUUUUUUUUUCCAAAUGCAUGAUAUUUGGCUUCUGAAAAAAUGCAUUUUCCCUCAGCUCUUAUUUAAUGCAUUUAGCAAAGUUUUUUUUUAAAAAAACUGUUAAGCUUUUUGCUCUACUUACAACUUGUUCCUUAAUUUCUUUUAUUCCGUAUGUACAAUAUUAUAUGUCUUUUUACUCCUAAAACAUAGAUAUACCAUAUGCUUUCCUUCCUUGCAGUGCACAUAGAACCUGGUACAUGUGAAGUCAUUGCUGCCCACAGGUGCUGCAAUAAGAAUAAGAUUGAAGAGCGCUCCCAAACAGUGAAAUGUUCCUGCUUUCCAGGUCAGGUGGCUGGGACAACACAUGCUGCUCCUUCAUGUGUGGAUGCAUCAAUAGUGCUUCAGAAGUGGUGGUGCCAAAUGCAGCCAUGUGUAGAAGGAGAGGAAUGUAAAGUACUACCAGAUUUGUCUGGAUGGAGUUGCAGUACUGGAAACAAAGUAAAGACAACUAAGGUCACACGAUAGAUCUUGGAAGAUCCAUUGUUAUCAGAUGUCAUCUUCAUUGAUAUGGCCAGCGUUCCAAAAAUGGCACAAUAUGGCUUUUGUUCAGGUGCAAAAUACUUCUCGUAUGCUUUGCAGAGUUGGAAAUAUGAAGAUUUCCUUGGUGCAGGAUAUAAUGCAUUUGAGGUAUAGGAUGGCUAUUUUUUGUGGGCACUUUAUUAAUCUUCCUCAAGUACAUCAGCCUAGAGAAUGGUGCUGCAGUCUGCUUCCUUUUGAAAGAACAGUACCAAGGAUUAAAGAACAGGAUUGGUAUUCCUGUCUCAGCAGAUAUCUUGGAAAUUUUUCCUUGUUUUUGAAAAUAAAAUAUCGCAUCAGCUACUGAUUAAGUAAGUGCAGCCUCAAAGGUAUUUAACAAUCAAUUGUUACCAAUUCUACAAUUCUGGGUCUUGAAUGAGGUUACAACUCCCUUCUGUUCCAUAAUUUCUAUUCCAUAUCAUGGAUAUACCUAUGAGGAGAGAGAGAGACAAACAAACAUUUCUUCCCUUUCUGUUCAGUCAACUAUUCUUCACUGCAUAGAGUCUGUUAAUGGCCCCAAAGGGGCGAAAAAGCUUUCUUUCCUUUUAGCUGUUUUUUGUCUUAAAGCUUGCUAUGUUGAUUGCUAAAAGAAUUGGAAACUUAAAUGGAUGAUUCAACAUAAAAUUAGGGUAUUUACAAAUGAUUUAUAGUCAAUGUUUUAUUGAUUUCAUAGAUAACAGGCUUUGAAAAUUUGGGUCCAAGAAACCAAAUUCUGGUCUUUCAAAAAAGAUCAUGCAGUUGUUUCAAUAUUUAUCAAGACAGCAGACCAGAUUCUUUGCCAAAGUUAUGGGAACAUCUGCAGUAGAGAUAGAAUCCAAAACUUUGAUGAAAGAAAUAUCUUCUGUUUGAUUUCCACAAAAGAUAUUCUCCCUGACCAUUCUUUCACCCUGUUCAGCAAUUAUUUUAAUCAGGCUUAUUAUAAUUUUAAGUCUUUGAUAACUUUAAAGUUGUAAGGAUAAUUUGUUGGAUAAAUUCUAUUAAACGUCUGAGAACAAAGAAAGUAUUGUCUUUCACUUUGCUGUGUUGUGCUUGGUUGAGUUUAAAUUUUAUUUGAAGACUUGAGUUAGUUUAAUUACCCACUUAGUAUUAAAUAAAUACUUGUAACGGACAACUAUAAUGAGUACAAAUCCCUUUUAGGGGCAAAUUAGUGUUUUUAAUAAUCUAUUCUCUAUUAAAACAAUACUAAAAUCCCUAGUUAUUUUACUCCUAUUUGUAUUAGGGGAUGAAGGAACAUUCAUUUACUCCUAUUUGUAUUAGGGGAUGAAGGAACAUCCACUUGUCUUUGGUUUAUUAAGACAAAGUUUUGAAGAUUUUUUUUAAAGCUGCUAGAGGAAAUCAACAAACAUAGAACAGUGUUGUCUCUGACAAAAUUAAUGUCAUAUUUUGAUAAUAGUAAUAGUAAUAGUAGUAAAGUUGGAAGGGACCUUGGAGGUCAUCUAGUCCAACCCCCUGCUCGGGCAGGAAACCCUACACCAUUUCGGACAAAUGGCUGUCCAGUCUCUUCUUAAAAACUUCCAGUGUUGGAGCAUUUACUGCUUCUGGAGGCAAGCUGUUCCACUGAUUAAUUGUUCUCACUGUCAGGAAGUUUCUCCUUAGUUCUAGGUUGCUUCUCUCCUUGAUGAGUUCUGGCUUCCUAGUAGAAAACUAUAUUUAAGGUCCAUGUAAAAUUUCAUAGCAAAUGGAAAAUUAAUAAUACGGAUGUAGACAUGUUCCUUUAACAUAAAUCAUUAUUAAUUUUUCUUAUUAACUAUUGAAAUCCACUUCUACUUUAUAAGCAUCUGUAAAAAUGUUCCAUAUCUGUAUCCUAUUAUGGCUACCUUGAUUCCUGACAUUCUGUUGAUAUAAUAUAGGAAUGAGGCUGCAAGUAUAUAAAUUGCAAAGUAAUAUCCAAAGUCAAUAUCUAAUUCCAACUAAUUUAGAUGGAUUGGAGUAUCCAGGAAGAAUGUAGUGGGCAAGCAGAUGCACCUUCCAAACUUUGCCUUGCCCUGUCCUGUUUUGGAGUGGCCUGGCCUCCAUGCUGUGACUGUAUGAACCCCCCAACUUUGUUAUCUCAACGUUUUUGUAACACACUAUGUUUUACUUGCUUCAGAUGCUAUGUAAAUAACAGACUGUGAAAUAUUAAAGUUCGUUUUAAUCUCUGUAA